AGAAUGUUGUGUACUUAUGUAUUGCAGCAUGGAUUCCGAGCGGCAUGGACCUUUUGCUCUCACACACUAAAAAAAAUUUAGCCCUCAUCUCACAUACUCUAGUGAGAUUUUUCAGCUAUAGUAAAUCAGCAUUAAACAGCAUUCUCUAUCUCUAAAGCAUAUACCGAGGCAUGUCUAGUUCAAGACAAAGAGUUCCUCAGGUGAGGAAUGCCACGUUACCAUCACAGACCACUCCUGAACAAAGAUACUGGAGAGGAUACGCCAAUCCUCAACUUAUAAAGGAGAAUCAUCCUAUAACUCAUAUUCAUUUUAAUCCUGUAUCACCUUAUGAUUUUGCAGUAGCAAGUUCUACAAGAAUUCAAAUCUUUUCAUCAAAGACUAGACAAGUUAUCAAGACAUUUUCAAGAUUUAAAGAUGUAGUAUAUUCAGGAGAAUUUCGUUAUGAUGGGAAAUUAUUAGUAGCAUCUGAUGCUACUGGUUUAGUAUCAAUUUAUGAUAGUUAUCAACCACGAAAUUUAUUAGUAAGUUUACACCCUUCAAGUCAUCCAACUCAUGUAGCUAAAUUCCAUCCAACUAUUGGAAAUCAAUUAGUUACUGGAUCAGAUGAUAGAAUAGUAAGAUUUUAUGAUAUAUCUCAAACUACUAAAGGUCCAAUAUUAGAAUUUAAUGAUUCUUAUCAUGGUGAUUAUAUUAGAAGUGUAAAUUUUAUACCAGGUAAUCCAAAUUUACUUGCAACUGGUUGUUAUGAUGGUAUAGUUCGAAUCUUUGAUACCAGAAUAUCUUCAUCAAAUGAUCAACAAUUAAUUACAACUUUUAAACAAAAUAAUCCAGUAGAAGAUGUACUUGCUAUAUCUCCAACAACUUUAGUAAGUGCUGGAGGUCCUCAAGUUAAAAUUUGGGAUUUGGCUAGAGGGGCACAAAUUCGUGAAUUAAAUAAUUUUACUAAAACAACUACAACUUUGCAUAAUACCGGUGAUAGAGGAUUAUUGGUAGGAUCAUUAGAUGGUCAUGUUAAAAUCUUUGAUUAUACUACUUCAAGUUGGGAAGUUAAAUUUGGUUGGAAAUUUGGUAGUGGAGGUGUAUUAAGUUGUGCUGUAUCUCCUGGAGCAAAUAAUCAUAAACAUUUUGUAACUGGUUUAACUUCUGGUUUAAUAUCUAUACGUACAAGAAAAACUGAACCUAAAGUUGUACAAGGUGUUAAACAAGAAAGAUCUAAUGCUUAUAAUAGAAUGAUGAAAGGUAAAGAUUAUUUGGGAGAAGAAGAACAUCGAAUAAUUCAAACCAGCAGUGCUCAAACCAAAAAGCUUAGACAAUUUGAAAAACAUUUGAAUGCAUUUAGAUGGACAGAAGCAUUAGAUAGUGCAUUUGCUUCUGGAUUACCUAAAGAACAAACCAUUACUGUACUUAAUGAAUUGAAAAAGAGAGGUAAGAUAAGAAUAUCUUUAUACGGUAGAGAUGAAAUUUCUUUAUUACCAAUCUUACAAUGGUUUAUUCGUAAUUUAGAUGAUGUCAGAUCCUUCAAUUUAAUCUCUGAUUAUAUUGCUGUCAUUUUGGAAAUGUAUGGAUCUCUCAUUGAUAAGAGUGUUGUUCUUGAAGAAUGCUUUUCCAAUUUAUUGAAGAGAGUUAAUGUUGAAAUCAAAAAAUGUAAGGAAGCCAACGAGAUAGGAGGUAUGUUGGAAUUACUUACCGUAUAAUUAGCAUAGUAUAUAUACAUUGUAAUAU